AUGGCUCCGCCGGCGGACCUUCUCGUCUGUUUUCCGGCGAGGGCCCGCCUUACCCUUCUCCCAAAACCCACCUGCAGUCCGGCCAGAGCAUCGGCGGAACCCCACCGCCGCCACCAGAAGAAAGCUCCGCCGCCGUCUCAGUCUCAAGCAAGUCCUCUUCUAUGGGCCAAGGAGAUGGCGUCGGAACCCACUUCGCCGAAGGUUACCUGCGCCGGCCAGAUCAAAAUUAAACCUCAUGCUCGUCGGUCCACUAAGAACUGGCAAUCUGUUAUGGAAGAAAUCGAACGAAUUCAUAAGAAAAAGAAAAUACCCAAUUGGGGAAACCAAAUUCGAGAUCAAAAUCCGUUUGGUUUCAAGAGAGAAAUCGUUAAUUUCCUGUCGUGUUUACGAGGUUUCCGGUUUGAUUUCCGUUGCUUCAGAGGCUUCCCUGAAUCCGACGACAUCACAACAGAGGAAGAAGACGAAGAAGAAUAUGAAUCCGAAGCUGAAUACGAAGAAGAACCCACCGAAGCUACUUCGAAAAGAAGAACAAUGUUCUCGAAAUGGUUCAUGGUUCUACAAGACGAAGAAGAAGAUGAAGAAGAAGAAACCAAACCCAGAAACGACACCGGCGAGCUGCAGCCUUGCUCUGUUCCGCCGCCAAAUGCUCUGUUACUGAUGCGUUGCAGGUCGGCGCCGUCAACCGGCUGGAUUGAACGGAAACCAAAACAAGAACAACAAGAACAAGAACAAGAAGAAAAACAAUCGAAAAUCAGCUUGAAAUUGUUAAUGGAGGAGGAGAAAGUGGCAGUGGCUAAGAAGGAAAGCUUGGUGGUCAUGGAUUAUGAUGCUGAUUUUUACAAGCUUUCAUCGGAUAUUGCGAAAGAGACAUGGGUCGUGAGUGGAUCCAGUAGUAGUAGAUGUAAUGAUGACCCAUUUCUGAGAAGCCGGAGCUGGAAGAGAUGA